CAAUGUACAAUUUUUGGGACCGUGUGACUCGACUACUCGACUCGAUUAUAAUACUCUAGUAAAUAAAUACUAUAGUACACUACCAACAUGGCUGCAGCCGCAGCGUUGGAAAACGAAUUGAACGUACUUCCUUACGUUUAUGAAGUGUUGAAAAGUAUUGAAAAUGACCCCAGUGAUGUGACUCAGAAGAUGAUUGAGCUGAAGGCCCAAUUCCAGCGAGCCCGAGAGUGUGUUGAUCGUCUUCCUGGUACUCAGCAUAGUCAAGAAGAACAACUUCGAUUGAAGACGAUAUUACAAGAGCAACUGAUUUUGAAGACUGACCUGUUAGUAAAUUACAAAUCUGGAAACAAUUUUGAUCUCAUGGGGAGAAGUAAUGGUGAGAUACCAAGUAACAGCUCUUGAUGAUAAAGAGUAGCACCAAAAUCUGUUACUAAAUCUGGGAGUGGAUAGUUUUCUUUUCCACCUGGUUCAUCUUCAUGGCUCAACCUGUAAACUCUGGGAUGGAGACUGCGAGUCAUCCUAUUUUCUCUCAUGACCCAAAGGGCUGGACAGAGUUGGUACAUUGUAAUGUUGUAAUUGACACAGACGACGGAAUGCAACACACAGGAUAUGUCUACACUGUGGAUCCUGUGUCUGAGUGCAUGGUGCUGAUUAGUUCUCGAAGUGGUGAACCGGUACCCUCGACUGAAUUUUCAAUGAAGAUCAUUCUGAGGUCAUCUGUGGUUAAGAUUAAAGUGUCACAGGAACCGGAUGAUGGAGUUAAGAAAUGGUUUGGUUCUUUAUUCCGUGCAGGUGUGGAUGAAGUGCUGGGGGAGGAUGAGCUUCAAGCUCGAAAGGAAAAGCUGAAGUUAUGGUUGGAGAAAAAUCGCUUUCCUGUAUCAGUUUCAGGACACGAUGAACAGUCGCUUUCCAUUUCAGAUGCUCUUGUUGUGCGCCCACCUUACACAGAACAAAGUUGCCUGAGCACUAAUGAAAUCAUAUUGUUACGUGUUCAGGGACUUAUUAAAAAUAUGCCAGAUAGCUUUUAAAGGUAUGCUCUUCCUGCAGCCUGUUUGGAAUCAGUUCUUUGAUUUGUCAACUGUAUUUUUCUAUUAUUUGUGCUUGAAAUUUUUAGCCGAUGGUAAUGAUGUGUACUGUAAUGUGGAAUGAAUCAGAACAGACCUUGUAUCUUUAGUUUAAGGUAGAUGACUUACUGUGCUCUAGAUUCGCCUGGAGACUAGGAAGUCUUUUCACUGACUGGGGCAAGUGCUACCUCUGGAUGUAUUCGCUGUGACCAAGUUGUCAACAUAACUUAGUCUAAGAUGUGGCAACAACAAAAUUAUUGAUGGUGGUCAUUAACAGACCAGCUACUGUCGUGUUGUAAUGUCAAUGACCAGCAUGAUGAUUCUGUGGGUGCUUAAAAUUUAACACUUUUCCUCCACAGGACAAUAUCGGUGACAGUGUAAUCACAAACACGUUGUCGGAAUGAUCUCCUUUUAGACAUGUAUGUGCACUUGUUAAAUUUAUGAUUUUCUUUCUGAAUGGUUAGUGGGGCUUUAUGAGCACAAAAAUCAGUUUGUUUACAAUUGGGGUGGGGUUUUUUUGGUUGAUUUUUUUGCAUGUCAGGUAGACCUAGCAUUAAGUGCUGCUUUACACUGACACCAUGAUGUAGAUUUGUGAAUGAGUGCUAGAUCUAAUGGGGUUUUUUUUUUAGUGCUAUUCUAUUCCAUUUUAGGUUUGGAUACUUUUACUGAGAUGAAUAGUACUGAUGUUGCCCAUCUGCAUCCUGGUACGUGGGGCCAAAGGUUAUGCGCACUGGGUGGGUUGAAAGUGAAUUGAAACAAGGUCUAGCAGUGUUCUGAAAAAAUGUUCUCAAAAUUAGCUAAGUUUUCAAAAACAUGGAAUUUUUAGACGAAAGACUCCAUGCUCUAUUCAGUUUUAACACCCUACCUUGAGUAUUUCCUCUCUGCCAGAUGUUCUACCAUAUGAUGGCCUACAUGUGUUUGUUUAGUGAAAGUUUAAGUGUAAGGGUUUAACGUCCCUCUCAAUGCUUAUUAGGUUAAUUAAGUGGUGGGACCUCCAAAUGUAAUGUCCAUCUCCUAUACGACGCCGCCAAAUGGACUGAGAGCCUUGAUAACUCCAUAAAAUGACCUUAACCCCAUAAAAUGACCUGAGCUCAAGAACACCAAGCCUGAGAUUCGAACCAAGGCCAUCUACUUCAUAGUGUAGCUUGAUACCAACUGUGCCAACCGAGCACCAUACAACAUGAUACUACAUUUGUUUCUAUUGGACUGUUUACUUAUGAGGUGGAUUGGGUGCUUAUUGACUGUUUAUUAAGCUAGUUUAAUAUGAGCUCUUUAAAGUUAAAUGCAUUUAUGGUGGAAGGGGGGGGGGGGGGGCUGCUCCUCACAAGUUUCAGACUUAAACUUAAUAGUGUUACAAAGGUAGCUCUUUAACAUGCACACAGUACCUCCAACGUUUUUGUCUUUACACGUAUUUGAGAUGACUACUAGAUACUCUAUUCCACCCACUUGACCUAACCUAAAUUCAAGGUUGUUGAAAAAAUCUGAAACA